CAAAUCAAUACAAAGAAUAUUCAGGAGAAGCGCGUAUACAACUAGCAACCACUCACAGACAGAGGACCCGCUCCGUUUGGCUACGUCAUUCGCAGUUCAGUUUAGAGAGAGUUUAGAAACUAGAAGUAAUAGGACAAAACAUCAGUAUAAUUUGUUUCAGCACAAUUAUUUGAUGAGCCAAAGUUACUGAAGAAUCAAUUAACAAUGAACGAUAAACUCCUGAUCGUACUACUGAUUGCCAGCUUGAGCUGUUUCGUGGGAGCGAAAAAGUUCAAAGAAGGCGAAAAACCGGCUUGGGCCAAGAAGGAUAUUCGUGAUUACACGGAUGCUGAUCUGGAACGUUUGUUGGACCAAUGGGAGGAAGAUGAAGAACCCCUCGAGCCGGACGAACUGCCGGAACACCUCCGCCCAUCGGAACCGCUGGAUAUGUCCAAACUGGACAUGGCCAAUCCGGAAAGCAUUCUCAAACAGUCCAAGAAGGGCAAAACGUUGAUGGCCUUUGUGACGGUCAGUGGCAGUCCUACCCGGGCGGAAUCGGAAGACAUUACCAAGCUGUGGCAGACGAGCCUGUGGAACAACCACCUGCAAGCCGAACGGUACAUGAUCGAUGAUAAUCGGGCGAUUUUCAUGUUCAAGGAUGGUGCCCAGGCGUGGGAGGCAAAGGAUUUCCUGGUGGAGCAGGAACGAUGCCUGCAGGUUACCAUCGAGAACAAAGACUACAAGGGGAAACAUGUCAAGGAGGAGGAGGAGAAGGAAGACGAGGGAUCGAAAGAUGAGUUGUAAAUUUGUGUUCGAUUUUUUUCGUGCAUUUUUGGAAUGAUCUGAAUUGUAGUUUUUGACUUUUCAAAUACAUAGUUGUAUGUAAUUAGGAAACACUUGUUUCGUAAAAUACUUGUCCAUUAUUUAUCUGCAAUUCUAUGAAUUUGUUAGUAGUCAUGAUUGCAAUCAAUGUAACCUUCAGUAAUAUUUCUAAUAUUGAUCAGGUCUUGAAAUGAAGUGUAUUGUGCUCUUGAGAUAAAUAAAUAAAAUUGAAUAACUUGUGUAA